UUCCCCCGAAAUUUUGGUCAACUUCCGCCUUCGUUGUUGUUGUCGCCGUCAUCGUUCUUUGCUGGUUUACUCCCAUUUCGCCUUCUUCUUCCCAGCAUCUUUUGGCAGUCGAACUCCUGUCCUUUCAGCAACACCACAUAGUACCUACUUCCCGAAAACCACAGCAACAAUGGGCAGAGAACUUCAGAAGCGCAAGAAGCGCUCGUCUCGCGCCAAGGUCCAGACGCAUACCAUCAAGAAGAAGGUCUUGAACCCCCAGGGCAGCGGCAUCGUUGCCAAGGCCUGGAACAAGAAGGAGACCCUCUCACAAAACUACUCCCGCUUCGGUCUCGUCGCCAAGCUCGGCACCGCCGCCGGCGGCAUGGCCAAGAAGUCCGCCGCCGCCAACUACGCCGGCAUCACCAAGGAUGAUCCUUUGGCCGUCAAGUCGGCCGAUCGCGGCCUGUUCGAGGUCCGCGAGGUCAAGGUCGAGCGUGACGCCUCGGGCAAGAUCGUCAAGGUCCUGCGCUCGGACAACCCGCUCAACGACCCGCUCAACGAGAUCGAGUCCGACUCCGAAUCCGAGGAACCCAAGCCCAAGAACCCAACCCAUGAUAUCGAAUGGCACGGCAUCAGCGACGACCGCCAGGAGAUGAUUGCCCAGAGCAGCCGGCCCGAGGUGGUCCGGAUGCUCGAGGAGGAGGCGUCGCGCCCUGUGGAGAAGACGGUGCGCUACCAGAGCGAGCGCGAGCUAGAAUGGCUGCAGCGACUAGUGGCUAAGCACGGCGACGAUGUAGCUGCCAUGGUGCGCGACAUCAAGUUAAACCCGAUGCAGCAGACCAAGGGCGACAUUACCAAGCGGUUGAGGAAGGCUGGCUUGUUGCAGUAAAGAAGCGGACGAAGAAACGAGGGAGGGGAAGAAGGGGGCAAAUUGCAUGCGCGAGUGUGAUGUGAACUUCAUCAUCACUGGAAUGUGACUGCUUCUUGCAAGGGGAUGUUCUUGGGAUCACCGGUGAGCUCGGUUUGUGGUCUGAAGAUAAGGGUAGAGAUGAGGGAGCCUGGCGACAAAUGCCCGGACCCAUGUCCAGUCUCGUCCUGUAAGCUGGGCUACGAGAGUCGGCGGGAGGGAGAAAGAGCGACCCAACACGGCUGAUCCUUCAGCCGAGAUGGCUCUGCUCGACAGGUCUCGAAAGAAGAGAGCAACGGAUUUUGUCUUUCUCUCUUUGUCUCUCUUUCUCUCUCAGACUGGUAUAAUGCCAGUUAGACUCUCCCCGCUGUCGCCUCAUCAUACUUCGCUUCAGGGGGCGACCCUCUCGUGGAAUGGGGAACUGGCAAAGAAACAGGUGACGGAGCUACUUCGGCUCGCGCUCCCUUGCUCAACGGUAAUGAGCAAAAGCAAAACGGAUGAUGGGACGGGAACCAGGAUUUCUUGUGCAGCAUACAUACUAUUCAUUAAGGCCACGGGCGUUUUAGGCGUUUCUCAAAGUACAUGAAAAGAAUUAGGGCCAUUGAGCCAUCCACAUAUAUCGUAUCAUAUCUUGUUUGUCACCUAGAAUCAUGUUCUACGUAGAUCUCCACAAAUAUGGGAGAGUUUAAUAAGAAUGACACAGAUACAAAGCAUUCCAUGAAGCCGAU